UGUCCUCUGUGGUUGCCCUCGCAGGUCUUGGCAACACUGUAUGGGGUUCACCUCUGCUGGGCUAAAGGCAAAUCGGACUGGUGAGUUAAUGGAUUCGUGUUAGGAGGAACUUGAAGCGUCUUGCUAUGCUUAGACCCUUCCUGAGAAGCACCAGAGCAAGGAGGCCUGGAUUUGUCUAUUAUCACCUCUGCUGGGCUAACGGCAAAUCGGACUGGACAGAGGUCUCGCCGAUGGCCCCACUGCCGGGGGCAGAGCUGGUCCAAAGGCCGCUGCAGCUCUAUAGAUAUUUACUGUGCUGUUGCCGGCAGCUGCCGACCCAGGGUAUCCAGGAGCACUACAAACAUGCUGUCAGGCAGAGUUUCCGGGUUCAUGCAGAUGAGGACAACCCUGAGAGAAUCCAGCAGAUUAUUAAAAGAGCCAUUGAAGAUGCCGACUGGGUCAUGAACAAAUAUAGAAAACAACAUUGAGAGCUCAGAGCCCAAAGGAAAGUCGGGGCUUCUUCUGGAGCUAAGCAGCAGCGGCAGCAUUUCGGAAUACUCUUUGGCCUUGUCGGCUGAGAGCUGGACAACUGAAGCAGGAGAAGCUGCAUGUGUUCCGCGGCUUCUCUUGCCGCAGCCAUGUUCCCAGCAGCCUUUCUGUUUGCCUUGCCUGCCAGUUAUGAUGUACAAGUUGGGGACAACGUGGUGUUUUUUUGUUUCUUCUCUGUGUUUUUCAUUUUCGUGUUUUUGUUUUUCUACAUUGCGCUGAAACUGAUCCACUUAUUCUGGAGGUCUCUUUACCAGUCUUUGAGCCCCAGAGACCAUGUCCCCAUAGGUGGUCACCCGUACAGAGGGAAGAGAAUGGGCUUUAAAUCUCGGCAGCUCUGGAUUUGAGUCCCAGCUUUACGGUUUUUCCAGGGCAUUGCCUUUGAGCUUAGUGUCCUCCUCACUGGGGAUGAAGUACGGUGAAGACGAAGUGCCUCUCACAGGAUGUGUACACACCAGUCAGCAUCCCUCUGUGGAAGCCGUCCUGCGUGGCCGCCUCCCUCUCCCACAGUGCCCUGUGCAUCUCUGCUGCAGCAUGUGGUGUCAGUCUCUGUGAUUUGCUUGUGAGCUCGUCCUGUCCCAGCUUGGAAUCCCAGAUCGCUCGCCGCUGUGCCGUGCCCAGCAGUCUGCUAGGGAACUGCUCCUCCUGAGCUGUGUCCCUCGCUCCGGAAGUAGAAGCCCUGAUCCUUGCCUUCCAGGAGUUGCCAGGGUCUUUGAGGCAUGAAGUGAAUAUUACCUGAAACUAGGAAGAGUAUCCAAGCAGCUGUGGCGGACACUGGUGUGUCCAGGCUUCGGGGAGCCUGUGAUGAGCCUGUGCUGGCCCUUCCCUGCUUUACCACUGUCACAGCAGGGUAGAUGGCAGGGAGGAACAGGAUGGGCCCCAGGAGGGUGGUGAGAGCUGGCGGAGCAGCCAGAACAUGCAGAGAAGCCACCUGCGGGCCUGAGUAUUCCCCAGGGGCGUUCAGACAGAGGCAUGUGCUACCGUGUUUUGGUGUCCUUACAAUCAUGUAAGUUACAGUGUUAUCCAAUGUGCUGAUUAACACAUACUGCUGGUUAACAAACAGUGAAGUAAAUGUAGUGAUUUGUGAAA